AGUCCGCGGAGACCUAACGUUGGAGGAGGAAGUUUUGCACCUGUUUCGCUCCUUAACGCAACGCAUUUCUCAAGUUCCUAUUUUUUGUGACAAGUGACAGUGAAUUGACAGGGCGCCGAAGACACGUGUUAUCAUGUAUACGAUUAGUAACUUGUGCUGUGUUGUGUAAAUGAUUAACGAUAUAUAUUUAUAUUUUUGUAUUUUUUUUGUUGUGAAUUAAUGAUGAACUAGUGGGGAGUUGAUAAAAAACUGAGUCAAGAUUUUGCGCUAUUUUAGAAGAUUGGAGGAGAAAACUCCAAGCAAAACAGACAAUAUGCCGAGGAGGAAGCAAGACUGUCCUAAGAGGAUGAAAUGGGAAGGAGGAGAAGAAGGAUCUCCAGAAGAGGGUGAAAAGUUAGAAGGAGAAGACGAAUUGGAAUCUAUGACUCCAACUUCGGCAACUUCUCCUGCUCAGAAUGAAGAUGAAGUUUCGUCGCCGCCUCCAGGAGAUAUUUUGAGUCCCAAUAGUCCUCGAUCUCCCAGUGGAAAUACAAGUUUGUGCAGAAACUCACCGCCUCGUUCCAACUCCAGAGAUUCUACAGACUAUCCAGUUCAACCUCCAUCUCCAACUGAAGAAUCAGAUAUGAUAUCCGAACGAGCUGCGUUACUUCGUGGUAUACCAUUGGGUACUUCCUUAAGUCCUAUCGGAGUAGCUCUACCACCAACGAUUCCAGCAUCUGCCGGAUUCUUACCACCACAAUCAGCUGCAAUGGCCGCUUAUCUGAACGCAGCAGCUGCAGUGGCACAACAAUCUCAUAGGCUAUUGAUGACAUCGCCGCUUCCACCAAAUUUCCCUAGAUCUUCAAUUUCUCCAUUGAUAUCGUCUUCCUCAUCUCCUCCAGGAGGCUUCAAUCAUUCACCUAUCGAUCAACCGAUGCAAUCUCCUACAGGAGAAGCAAUUUUGGACUUUAGUAAGAGAAGUCAUAUUAAAAGUGAGACGGGUGACUGUGAUUCUGAUACCAAUUUCGGAAAACCAAACUCUCCACUUCCAGGAGAAACGGGAGCUCCUCUAGAUUUGUCCGUUAGUAGUCGCAAGCGUACAUCAGAUGAACCUAUGACUCAACCGGUGUCAAGGAAACCAAGAACUGCGGAGUUUAAGCCGACCCUUCCACAGUGGCCACCGACUAUAGGUGCUUCCCAUAUGCCUUACUUCGCAGCAGCAGUAGCAGCUGCCGGUUUAUCUCCUAAAAAUAAUACAGCCGAACUUUGGAACGGUAAAAUGAAGCAUAUAAGCUCGGCUCCAAGCGAUGCAACGAAAGCUCUUGAAAAAAUGAGCGAAUUGAGCAAGCUCGGAGGAGAAGAUCUCUUUAGGACAAUAGCAAACGCUGCGCCUGUGAAUUCAGUCAGUAACCGACACAGCGCUUGGCAAUCACAUUGGUUGAACAAAGGUGCUGAACAAGCCAAAGAUGUCCUCAAGUGCGUUUGGUGUAAACAAAGUUUUCCUAGCUUAGCCGCAAUGACGACGCACAUGAAAGAGGCUAAACAUUGCGGCGUUAAUGUUCCCGUCCCGUCGAUGCAAUCAAGCAAUCUCAUUCCCCAACCCCCUAUUUCCUCUCCCUCCAAUACCAAUACUAGUACUUCCUCAACAAAUUCAAUAAAACCGAAUCAAUCAGAUCUGAAUAUGUUGAUCAAAGAAACAAUGCCUCUUCCAAGAAAAUUAGUACGAGGACAAGAUGUGUGGUUGGGAAAAGGUGCCGAACAAACCAGGCAGAUACUUAAAUGUAUGUGGUGCGGACAAAGCUUUAGAUCUUUAGCAGAAAUGACAAGCCAUAUGCAACAAACUCAACACUAUACUAAUAUUAUAUCCCAAGAACAAAUUAUUUCCUGGAGGUCGUCCGAUGAUCCAAAAGGGGGUAGCGGUGGAGGCAGUUCUGGCGGAGGUGGGAAUCCUCCACCAGGUGCAACUAGUAGUCACGUGAGUGCCGUUCUCACUUGUAAAGUAUGUGAUCAAGCUUUUAGCUCUUUAAAAGAGCUUAGUAAUCACAUGGUGAAGAAUUCACAUUAUAAGGAACAUAUAAUGAGGUCGAUAACAGAAAGCGGAGGGAGAAGGAGACAAACGAGAGAAAAACGUAAAAAAUCUCUACCGGUUAGAAAAUUGUUAGAAUUAGAAAGAGCACAGCACGAGUUCAAAAACGGAGAUAGUGGUGGAAUAUUGGAUAAACUAAGAGAUUCAGCCAGUGCAGGUAGGAUUACAUGUGAAAAAUGUGGCAAUAAAAUAGAAACCUCUCAAUUUGUAGAUCACAUUCGACAAUGUGUCGGUGGUAUGACUAACAACCAAAGGAAUUUUUUAAAAAACGCUUUAAUGUCCAAUAAUAUUCUACCUCCGGAGAGUCCAAACAGAGAAAAACUCAAAACUCCUUCAGAUAAAUCUCCAUCUCCCCAACAAAGAUCUCCAUCCGUAACCGAAAGCAAUGCAAAAGAAGUACCAACAACUGAAAAUAAUAAUGUCUCAUCGCCUUCGGUGCUAAACGCUAUUGAAAAGUUAAUCGAGAAAAGUUUCGAUUCGCGGUCGAGGCAAAAUCCAAAUUUCCCUGGGCACGGUCCUUCCCAAGCACCAAUGGGUAGCAGUAUACUUAAGCGACUGGGUAUCGACGAAAGUGUCGACUACACGAAACCAUUAGUCGACGCACAAACGAUGAACCUCCUUAGAAAUUAUCACCAACAACAACAAAAUCAAAUGUACGCCAGAAGAGAAAGGAGUGGAAGUGAAUCGAGUUCAAUGUCCGAGAGGGGGAGUAGUAGGGUCGAUUCACUCACUCCCGAAAGAAAAAUGGAACCUCCUGGAAUUCCUAUAACUAGUACACCACGAUCCACUCCCGAUAUUAAAAGAGAAAGAUCUCCGUUUAUAGACAAACAAAACACAUCUAACGAAACAGACAAAGAACAAGUGAUUAUAAAAAAAGAAAUCGAAGAUGAGGAAAGAACAGAAAGAGGAGAAAAGUUUCCAGAAAUAAAAGUAAAAUCAGAACUGAAUGAAACCGAGGAUGAUGAUCGCAAUAGUUAUCAUAGUAACGGAGAUAUUUCUAAAGAAGAAGAUGAAAAAAGGAGAACUCCUAUCGCAAGUCCUCGUCAACCAGCUGAAGCGGGACAACCUAAUAGUCCUUGUAGAAAUUCAACGGCUAGUCCUGCGAGUAGCGAAAGAUCAGGCACGCCUAGAAGUACGAAUGGUGAUAGAAAAACACCGGGCGGAAGCUUAGGCGCUUUGAGCUCCAUGUUCGAUAAUCUAUCAGGCACUGGUUCUACUAAUGAAUUGAAUCAAACAGGAAAUAAACGAGGAUCUAGUCAUCCUCUAGCGGCUUUGCAAAAACUUUGCGAUAAGACUGAAACUCCCGCCAACAACAGAAAUCAUCCUUCAGCAACGGUCGUGAACCCAACGGUUAAUACGAACAGUACUACAACUGUAAGUGGUACAACACCAGGUGCAAUUUUAGCUUUUAGUUGGGCUUGUAACGAUGCUGUUAUGACGUCAGAUUCGAUUAUGAAAUGCGCAUUUUGUGAUACGCCUUUUAUAUCAAAAGGAGCUUACCGACAUCACUUAUCGAAAAUGCACUUCGUCAAAGACGGUGUCAUCCCAGAUCCCAUUGCAUUAAAGACUUCUCAACCCUCUAGUUCCUCUAGUACCGGUGUCCCUUUAAAAAGUACCACGGCGCUACCUCCUAGCGUAACCACCGGGUCAACUGUAGCGAAAAGUCCCCCAGCUCCAGGUGGAUUCGAGGAAAGUCCACAUUCGAAAUUUCUCAAAUAUACGGAGCUGGCUAAACAGUUAUCUAGUAAAUAUGUGUAAAUAGUGUUCAUUUAUGAUAAAAACAUUCCCCUAUUUUGUAAAA